GGCUUGCAGGUGCUGCGGUGGGGCCAGCGGCUGCCCGCGCUGCAGCGCCGGCCGCUGGCGCGCCCUUGGAUCGGCGGGCCCGCGCUGGUCUGGGGGGCCUUCGCGCGCGGGAUGAGUUGGGAGAUCCCGACGCAGGACCAGGCGAUGAGCGUCGACGGCACGGCGGUGUUGGAGGUCGAGGAGACGGGGGCGCCUGGCGCAGACGGGCCGCACCUAGCCGCGCAGUUCUGCGGGGCCUCAGUGCCGGCGCGGGCCCUGGAGCUGGACGCGGACUUACCGCCGCCAGGUGCCGGGCUGCCGGGCCUGCUGCACCUUUGCAGCCUCGGCGCGGCGCAGUGCACUGCGCCCGCCGUGGCGGGCCGAGGCGAGCGGCACGUGGUCUCGCUGCGCUUCCGCUCGGCCCGCAGCCCGGUCGAGCCGGGGGUCCGAGCGAGCGCGUUGCCCGCGGCCGGCUGCGGGGGCGCCGCUCACGGAGGCGCGGCCGCCGCCCCCGGGCGACUGGCGGGCGCUGCCGCCAGGCACGCUGCGGCGGCGGCCAGCGCGGCGGAGCUCGUCGGGUCGCGCGGCGGCCGCAGCGCCAUCCUGCGCUGGCCGAUCGGGCUGCGGGAGGGGGCGCCCGGGCUGCGGGCGCGCCCGAAGGUUCGCGGCCACCUGCAGGCGACCAUCUUCGGCCACCGCCCGAUCCACGGGGUCGGCGAACGGACGGCGCGCGCGCUGCAGACGCUGGCGACCGCGCCGGGCCCGCUGGAGCUGGGGAGCCUGGCCUCGGCGGCGGACACCCUGAUGCGGCGGGCCAAAGCGCUGGAGGUCUACCUCGACAACGGCAACUGGAACAUCGCGAGCGAGCUGGAGGUGCACGAGGGCAGCCGCCCCACGCCGGCGUCGCGGAGCGAGCAGGAGACGGCGAGGCGCGCGGUAACGCUCAGGCGGCGACUGGAGGAGGCGAAAGCGCGCGUCGCCUGCGCCGCUGGCCCGCGGGGCGGUCGCCGGCGGGCUCGCCGGCAGCCGAGCGGCUUCCCGAGGGCCGCGGUCGCGGAGCAGGCCGCGGCGGCAGGAGCGGCAGUUGGUCCGCUUUGCAGACGCGCGGCCGCGGCGGACGCACGUCCAGCCCGGCUCGGGCGCCCAGCCCGGCCGCGAGCGGAGCUUCAGCUGGGGCCGCAGCCGGGGCGCCCGCCGCCUUCGCCGCAGCGCCCUCCGGGCCUGCAGAGCGGGCGCCCUCGCCGGGACAGGCGCGCGAUGCUGAACCUGGAGCCGGACGCGCAGGCGGUCGACUGGGGGCGGCCAGCCACGGACGCGGCGCCGAAGGGGGGCGGCAGCGGCAAGGGCAGGGAAGCGGGCGCGAGCGCGGGCUCUACGAGCUCUGCAGCGGCGGCCGCCGACCGCCCGCGCCUGGCCGGGGCCCCCGCAGGCUCGCUGGAAGACGCUGAUGGCAUCGCAGGUGGCAACGAGCGCCGGCACGCCGCAAACGAGCCCGACGAGAAGCCAGCCUCGCACUACGACGACUGGCGGAAGCUGGUCGGAGCGGCCCACGGCGUCUUCCGCCGGCCGCUGGACGCCGGGCCGAUCUUGAAGCAGCUGAUGCGCGCCUUUCUUGGGUCGCUCGGGCAGCGCAUGAAGGAAUUUCAGCACUGCGAGCAGAGGAACGAACUGGACCCGCGCGACCUGGAGGCGCUGCAGGCCAGGCUGAUGGCAACGGUCGCGGCGUUGAACUGGGAGACGGGCCGCAGGCGCAGGCGGCGCAAGCGGUGCUGCGCGGCUCGGCCGAACGCGGCGCAGUGGUCGGCGCUGCAGGGGCUCGCGAGGCGGAUCUACACCGCCCUCAGCCCCGAGCCCGUGCUCGCCGACGACAUCGACUGGAUAAAGGACAGGCAGAUCGCCCACAACGGGUCGGAGGUGUCGACCCCGCUCCUCCUCACCUUGGAGCAGCGGAGGCGCGCCGCCACGAGCACGCGCGACCGGGCCUCCGAGGGCGAGUGGCACAUCAUUGUCGGCGCGCUGUACGAGCGCGGGAUGGCCGGCCCGAUCGACGAGGCGGCCACCGCCACCCGCAACGGGCAGAUGCUGGUGAGCAGCGCCUUCGGAGUCGCCAGAGCACACGACCCCCCGAUCGCAUGCGAGGGCGGCGCGAGCAGACCAGCGCCGCGGUUGAUCAUCAAUUUCGCGCCGGCCAACGCGCGCCAGAGUUGCAUCGCCGGAGACGCGCCCGAGAUGCUGACCAUGGGGCAGCUGAACCAGCUGGCGCACGCGCCCAGCGGGACCCUGCCCUGGAGCGGGGCGAACAGGAAGGCCUUCUUCUACGUCUUCAGGGCGCCGCCGGCGCGGUGGCCCCACAUGGCGCCGGGCCCUUCGGCGCCGGCGCGGCUCGCGGGGAAUAUGCUGCGGCGCUCCAGCGCGGCGCCGCGCGGGCUGGCGCCCGGCACGGAAAUCGUGCGCAGGAGGCCACUGUCGUUCGGCUGUGAGGCGCCUUUACCCGCGGGUGGGUUCGUCUACAUCGACAACCUCGAGAUCGCGGAGGCCGUCUCGGCAGAGGAGGCCGAAGCGCUGAAGGGCAGUGCGCCGCCGCUGCUGAACCGGGCGCGCGAGCGCCACGAGGCGGCGGGCCCCCCGGGGUCGCCGGGCACGAACGCGCCCCGCUCCGCGCAGGCGGCGACCCUCGGCGAGCUGAUCGACGGCGUCGAGGGCACAAGGAGGCCCCCGCUGGGCUACGUCACCGAGCUCACGAGCCUGACCUUCUGGGCGCUCGGCAAGCGGCGGGCGAGCAGGCGGCUGAUGCCCCUGUUCGGGCGCUGGGCGCGGGCGCAGUGCUUCCGCCGCCCGCUCGCGGCCGCCCGCGUCAACGCGCGGCGGUGGCUGGCGGCGCCCCGCGCCGGCGGCUGGACGAACAUCGGCGCGGCAGAGGAUAGGAUGAUGGCGAUGGCGCUCUCGGUGCUGUCCGUGGCCGAGAUAGGGCUGGAGGUGGACAGCCUGGCCGCGGCCUCCGACGCGUCCGAAGCCGCGGGUGCCGCGGUGCACUGGAAGGGCCAGUCGCCGCGCGGCGAGCCGGUUGCCGCCCGCAGGGCGCGGCCGCCCAGCCCGGCGCGCGAGGGGGGCGCGGCGCUGAUCUCGGCCUUCGCGGGGAUCGACUGCGCCCGCGGGAUUUUUGAGAUCCCGGGCCUGGCGCCGGCGGCCCAUCUUUCAUUCGAGGUCGACGCCGACGCCGCCCGGAUCGCGCAGCGCGCCUACGGGAGCAUCGAGCACCUGGGCGAUAUCACGUCGCAACUCGCGGGCCACGCGAUGCGGAUCAUCGCAGGCCUGAAGCGUGAGAUGCCCGAGGCCGUCGUGGACUUCCUGGACGAGAACUUGUCGACGAUGGCAGAGGGCGGGGCGCCGCAGCUCAAUGCCACGUUCGGGCGCGCGCCGCUGGAGCUCAAGGACCUGCUGCCCUCGCUCGAGGCUGCCGACCUUUGUCCGCUGGACCCCGCGGAGUUCGCCGCGCCCCAGGCGAGCUCGGCGGCGAAGACUGCGCCCGCGAGGUUCGAGGCGCUGCGGCGGUCGCUCAUCGGGAACUUGUUCCAGCGCGAGGCGGACGCGCGGUUGCUGGCACAUUGGGCCGCGCAAGCCGAGCUGCAGAUGGCCGCGCCAACGCGGGCCGCCCUGCACGCCAGCUCGCGGAGCUGGGCCGGCGGCCGCAGGCGCUGGGCCGGUGACUUCCUGGCGCUGCGCGAGGGCCGCGAGGCGGUCUCGGAGGCGAUCCUCGCGGCAGCCAGGCGGAGCUCCGAGGGCGGCACCGCUGCCGCGGGGGCCGCCCAGCCAGGGCCGCCUCCGCGGCUCGGAGCGCUGAAGGCCGACGACCUCGAAGCGGGGGAACCCGUUCCCCGUGGGCCGGGGCGGCCGCCCGCCGACGCCGCGGCGCUGUACGUCAGCUGGCUGGCGCGGCAACUCGCGCUGCUGGACGCGCUGGAGGAGCCGCGCGGGCGGCGCCUGCUCUGCCACUGCCCGCCCGCGGCGCCGUGUCACGCGGACGUGCUGCGGGAGCAGCUGGCGCAGCGCGGGCCAGGCAGGUGGUGGCCCUUCAGCCCGCCGCAGCGCGCGGCGGCCGCGCUCGUGAUGAUGCGUCACCACUCUGGCGCUGACCUGCGAGUCGACGCCAACGUUGAGGCGCUCGGCAAGGUCUUCCCCCGGCAGGAAGUAAACGCCGAGCUCCGGCACUGCAAGACGGCAAGGCAGAUGGCGUGGCACGACCGAGACCCGCACAUCAGCGUUCCGAAGCGCGAGGCAUCGCUGAUGGCUUUGCGCUGGAGAGCCCAAGCGAUCGUCCGCCACGUGAAGGUAUACCUCCAUCUUCUCGGCAGCAUGUUCAGCAUCGGUGUUCUGAGUAAGCAUCGGUCCAGCAGCAGGCAGCCCAAGCUCCAGCAGUAA